AAAAGAUCAAACUAUUCGAUACAAUUUCGUCAAUACGUGAAUGGAGACGUGAGCAAGCACUUAAGGGAUAUUCGGUCGGAUUUGUGGCAACGAUGGGUGCGCUGCACGCGGGACAUUUGAGUUUAGUAAACCAGGCAAAAGAAAAAUGUGAUCAAGUAGUUGUCUCUAUAUUCGUAAAUCCAGCACAAUUUGCACCACAUGAAGAUCUUAGCAAAUACCCAAGAACAUUAGACACAGAUCUUGAGAGUCUAACAGAAACAAAGAGUUGUGAUGUAGUAUUUCUACCGAGCGUGAAUGACAUCUAUCCAUCGGGAAUUCCAUUAGAAGUAGAGAAGCAACAGGGAACUUUUGUUGAGGUUUUAGGGAAAUCACAUCAAAUGGAAGGUAAAACACGACCAAUAUUUUUUAGAGGAGUCGCGACAGUAUGUUCAAAAUUAUUCAACAUUAUACAACCGGAUCACGUGUUCUUUGGGCAAAAAGAUGCGCAACAAUGUGUCGUGAUACGAAACUUGAUUCGAGACCUGCAUUUUCCAAUUGUGAUGAAAGUCGGCGAGACGCUACGUGAAUCAGAUGGAUUGGCAAUGAGCAGUCGAAACAAGUACCUUACUGCCGAGAUGCGACCUUUUGCCAAUGUACUAUAUCGAGCAUUAACCGAGGCAAAGAAUCAAUUUGAUAACGGAAAGAGAGAUCGUAAUGAAAUAUUAACACCUGCAUAUCAGUUAAUUCAAGAUGUAAUUGGAAAUGCGAUGAAACUGGGGUUUGAGAUAAAGUUGGAUUAUUUGUCAUUGGUAGAUCCGAGUACAUUGGAGGAACUUGAUGUCGUGGUUACGGAUUGUGGCGCGAUUAUUUCGGGUGCUGUUUGGUCGUAG